AAGGAGCUGGCCGUGGCAGACAUCCCUCCGUGGCCAUGGGGUGAGGCACGGCUCCCACCUCCCCAUCCUCACAUCAGUCAAUACCGCCUCUCUCUCUCCCUCUCUGAGCCACACUACCACCUCUGACCGCCAGGGUGAUGUGCGUUCGAGUGGCGUCCUGCUUAUGUGUUCCCUACGUUGACAGUGACCGCCUCCGCUACCGUGUUGUUGAUGUAGUGAUGAGUUGAUGAGAGUGUGGAGGGAUCGUGGAGGCUAGUUGAUAGUGGAUGAGUCUGGUUGUGUUCAGCUGGAGAGCUCCGCCGGCCCGGGCAGAUGUGUGUGUUCGCGAGCGUGUUGAGAGCCGUGGUGGCUACCUGCAUCCUGGGGUCAGCCCUCGUCUUGGCCUCUCCACAACCACAACAACAUACUGAGUGCCAGCUGCCAGAGACUGGGGUGUACGUGUCCAUUAGUGCCGAGGCAGAGUUCGUAAACAACGGCAGUGAAGCGAUCCGCUGGCUGGAGGUCAACUGGUAUGGGGUCAACGACGGCCAGGACGGUGACUGGGUGGGGCUUUGGGACCACGACCCUGUUGAAGCGCUGAGCAAUCCCUUGGCUCAGUCCCCAGCAUCUGGGGCUGACGGUGUGCUGAGGACCGAGGAGCGCUGGGACAGUACCCUUAUUCCCAGCUCUCUGGAUGGGAUAACAGACUCGUGCCUGCCGUACUGGGUGGGUUAUGUACGUGAUGAAGUCCUCUUAUACUCGGCGUGCUUGAUGGUGAGACCACGUUGGCUGUCAGCUUUGAAGUCGCAAUUGUCAGCAACACGGCUGACAAAAGUUGCUCUACCGGGCACACACGAUGCUGGUGCUUCUGGUUUAUUUGGUCUGGCAAUUAUUGGAGAAUUGGUGGGUCGGUGGACAUUUGCUCAAGACGAGAGUUUGUGGCAGCAGCUGGUGCUCGGUGUCCGCUACAUGGACAUGAGAAUCUCUUACUACCCUCAGACUGAAGAGAAAUUUUUCGUGAACCAUGGCGACGUUCGCAUCGCCCCUCUACAGGGUUAUAUAGACAACGUAGUCGCCUUCAUGAAGCAGACUGAUGAGAUCGUCAUCUUUGAUAUCCACUCAUUAGAACCAGGAUUUGAUGGAUAUCCUGAACGUCACCGGGAGUUGAUUACGCUGCUCGAAUCAAGCUUUAUUGACUGGAUGGUGCCGAAGGACUUGGCGCCAGAUCCCACAAUGGGAGUUCUUUGGGAGAACGAGUUUCGGUUAAUAGUUACUUACCCGACCUCUGAGGGCUCCCUCUCCUCUUACUUGUGGAACAAUGUUCACCACCUUUGGGGCAACGUUGAUGACCUGAGUGACCUGGAGGCGUACCUGUACACAGGUAUUCCCCAAGAGUCAGAUCGCGGGUCCUUGUGGUCGGCGAUGGCGCAACUGACCCCGUCUGUGCUGGACGUGACAAUAAACCGAUGGGGAGGUCUGCGAGGAGCUGCCACCAUCACCAACGCUCCCGUCACCCGUUGGUUCCGCCAAGACUGGUGGGACCAAGUCAAUAUUGUCGCCAUGGAUUUCAUGCCUGCCUCUGAUGUUGUCUCCGUCGCCGUGGAAGCCAACAAGAUGAGAAGUCAAUGUGAUGGGAGGAGCCGAGACUCACCAGACGGGGCCAAGCACUGGUGGUCGACCGCCGGGGCGCAAACAGUGAACCUUCCUGGAUCACUUGAUCAAACUGUGUGUGCUGACCUCGUGGGUGCGGGCGGGGUGGGCGUGCGGGUGUGGCCCACCAUCCGCGCCUCACCCCAGAGACACGCUAACAAGCUUCAGUCCAGGUUACUCCAGAUCAACUGGGACGCGGAAGAGAUCCAAGGAGGAGACUGGGUGGGCGUGUUCCAGCAGGACCCCCGCCCACCACACACCAGACCUCCGCCCACAACGCCCACAACGCCCGCACCCGCACCACACCGCUUCUGGCAGAUGCCACGCCCCCUUCACUGGGACACGCCCUACGCCUCCCGGGGCACCAUCACCACCAAUAUCACACAGCCUAGAGUAGAGCUUAGUGUACUGGCCCGGGGUGGGUGUGUGGGGCUGUAUGUCGGCUUCACUAGGAAUGGUGUGUGUGUUGCCUCAGAGUGCAUCGCUGCUCACCCGUCCUGGCUCUUUGACAACAGGCAGGUGGUCGGGAACCGGUCGUUGAGGUCGUUGGUGCUUCCUGGCACCCACAACGCUGGGUCGUACUCUCUGAGGGACAGCGAGGAUGUGGUCUCCGCCUGGGUCGUCUGUCAGGACGAGGACAUCGUUUCACAGCUCCUCUACGGCAACAGGUACCUGGACCUUCGUGUAGCCUACUAUCCAGAUACAUCAGAGUUGCUGUGGAUCAACCACGACCUGGUGCGCUGGAGGCCGCUGUUGGAGGUCCUGAACGCCGUGCGAGGCUUCCUGGCCAUUUCCCCGGACCCUGUCAUUAUUGACGUCCACCGGACGCCCGUAGGCUUCGAGCUGCCGGAGGCCAAGCCCCUGCUCCUGUCCCUGAUGAAUGAAACUCUCGGCUCCCAUUUUCUUCACAACCGCUACGGAUCACUGGUUUCCCUCGACCAGAUUUGGAAGAUCGGAAAGAGGGUCAUAUUUUCGUUCGCCGACGCUGACGCAGCAGACAAGCAGGACUGGGUGUGGCCGCCCCUGCCCCAGGCCUGGGCCAAUGCUCAGAUGCUGGAGGACCUCCGGACGUACUUGGACGCCCAGAUGAACAAGCGCGUGGGCUCUCCUCGGCUGUGGGCGGCGAUGGCCCACCUCACGCCCACGCUAUGGGACAUGAUCUUGCGUUCCCACGUGGGCAUUCGCGGGCUGGCUGACCGGGUCAACUUCCCCAUCUCGCGCUGGCUGAGGCAACGCUGGGCCCACAUGGCCAACAUCAUCGCUUCAGACUUCUUCAGGGGAAAUGAUAUCAUCAAUGUGGCCAUUAGAACCAACCUGGCCCUCAGUGUGUGCCGACCCCCGCAGACGAGGAGGCCGGUGGUGCCUGUGGUGGCUGUGACGCCCCAGAGGCAUCCUGUCACCUUCAGGCGAUCAACGGGGUUCCGGAUUGUGGCCGAGACGAGACGACCUGUGUACUCGGAGAUCACCACACAGCCAAUGACCUCGUCCACCACCACCGCCCUUCCUUCCCUCUGGAGUCACUCCCCAGCCUCGUCUGAAGAUGGCCUGCCGGGAAGCAGCACCUCUCCGACAGUUGCUGUCCACGAAGGAACUAAAUACAAUAGGAACUUGUCCAAUGAUUCCACUUUCAAAGCGGCAAAUGCUCAGUCAGACGCUGCAACUGAAUCCUCUCUCCAUCCAUUAAUACGCAUUUUGGCAAGUCCCACCGAUAGUGCUACAUUUAGGUCCGCAGAAAACGCAGGCCAACACGAAAGUAACCAAUGGAGUGAUUUUGGUGAUUACACAGGUGUCGCGUAUGAAACCUCUGAGGAAUUGCUUUAUAUCAGCGAACCAAAGAGGAACAUUUAUGAUCCUGCUAGCGAACAAGCUUCGACGGUUGAGUCUCAAGGUCCUACAGUAGAGCCUUUGCCAGCAUCUAUAGAGCUUUUGCCAGCCUUUGCUAGCAUCUAUUUCAAUGCUGGCCCAGUUAAACCUCUAAAUGAAACUGCCAGUCACAGUGAAGGUGAUAAUGCCGGUGGAUGGUAUGCUGAAACUGAACAAAACACUACUACAAGUGCUAUCACCAAGGAAAAUGCACGCGGAGAAGGUAGACAUUUGGAUAUUUCUGAAAAGCAUUACUUGCCUAGUACUGACGAGGACAGGGAGAUGCAAGCACAUCCUUUCAAUCUGACUGUGGAAAGUUAUGUUGGGAUCCCGUCUACCACAAGUGUGGACCAGACCAUGCAGAAUGCUGAGACAAGAAUCUCGUCAAUCACAAGAGAUUCAGACCAGAGCACACGAACACCAGACUUAGAUACCUCGUUGUCCAUAAGGAAUGUCAGCCACAACGUCACCAAUCAUCUUCAAGUUCAAGAAAUAAACUCAAGUUCCCAGCCUCUUCUGGAAAUCAAUAACACAACUUCAGUUUCUGUUGACAUUAGGAAGGAUAACUCAACCAUAACUCACCUUCCAGAUAACUCUUCAACGCAAAUUCAAUCACUAGAACACCUUUUAACACCGAAUUUCUUUUUAGAACACUUUUCAGCACAAACUCCAGAACACCUCUCUACACAAACGUCAGAACACCUCUCUACACAAACGCCUGAACACCUUUCUACACAAACAACAGAACACCUCUCUACACAAACAACAGAACACCUCUCUACACAAACAACAGAACACCUCUCUACACAAACAACAGAACACCUCUCUACACAAACAACAGAACACCUCUCACACACAAACGUCAGAACACCUCUCUCUACACAAACAACAGAACACCUCUCUACACAAACAACAGAACACCUCUCUACACAAACGCCAGAACACCUCUCUACACAAACAACAGAACACCUCUCUACACAAACAACAGAACACCUCUCUACACAAACAACAGAACACCUCUCUACACAAACAACAGAACACCUCUCUACACAAACAACAGAACACCUCUCUACACAAACGUCAGAACACCUCUCUACACAAACAACAGAACACCUCUCUACACAAACACCAGAACACCUCUCUACACAAACAACAGAACACCUCUCUACACAAACAACAGAACACCUCUCUACACAAACGCCAGAACACCUCUCUACACAAACAACAGAACACCUCUCUACACAAACUCCACAUCACUUUUCCACACAAAUUCAACACUUCUCAUCAGAAACAUCAGAGCACUUCUCAUCUACUGACAAAUCAACUGCAGCUUCAAGUUCACAACAACACGCCACAGUCUCGACCACUCGAACCAUCAACAGCAGCGACGCCUCAUAG